GAAGAGACUGGGAGGAGGAGGAAAAGUGGAAGAAGCUAGAAGAGCGGGGUGCUGAGGUGAUCCCCGGGGCGUCGGCCCUCGAGUGGACUGGCGUCUGGAACCCGCCCUAGAGCUGCGCCCCAAGCUGCAGCGCGCAUUCAGCUCGCCACCCAAGAGCAGCCGGGACGCGCUGUUGUCGCCAGAGAACGACCGCGGCGGGCUAGUGACCAGAGCCCCUUAGCUUCGCUGUGGGGAAGCUGAGUUGAGAUGGCAUUGGACUGUGAACGGCUGACUAAUUUCUCACCGGAUCAGGAGGUGAAGUGAGGAUGAAAACCAACAGUUGAGCCUGCCACACCACGGUAUUCAUUUCUUCAACUAUAUUAACCUUUUAACCAAAAAAAAAUGGAUUUUUUAAACACAUCAGACCAAAACUUGACCUCCGAGGAACUGUUAAACCGAAUGCCAUCCAAAAUUCUGGUAUCCCUCACUCUGUCUGGGCUGGCAUUGAUGACAACCACCAUCAACUCCCUCGUGAUCGCUGCAAUCAUUGUGACUCGCAAGCUGCACCACCCAGCCAACUAUUUAAUUUGUUCCUUGGCAGUUACAGAUUUUCUUGUAGCUGUCCUGGUGAUGCCCUUCAGUAUUGUGUACAUUGUGAGAGAGAGCUGGAUUAUGGGACAAGUACUCUGUGACAUUUGGCUGAGUGUCGACAUCAUCUGUUGUACGUGUUCCAUCUUGCAUCUGUCAGCUAUAGCCUUGGAUAGGUACCGCGCCAUCACAGACGCAGUUGAGUACGCCAGGAAGAGGACUCCCAGGCAUGCCGGCAUCAUGAUUACAAUAGUGUGGGUUAUAUCUGUGUUCAUCUCUAUGCCUCCUCUCUUCUGGAGGCACCAAGGAACUAGCCGCGAUGAUGAGUGUGUCAUCAAACAUGAUCACAUUGUUUCCACAAUUUACUCCACGUUUGGAGCUUUCUACAUUCCGCUUGUAUUGAUAUUGAUCCUCUACUACAAAAUAUACAGAGCAGCAAGGACACUGUACCACAAGAGACAAGCAAGUCGGAUGAUAAAGGAGGAGCUGAACGGUCAAGUCCUCUUGGAGAGCGGUGAGAAGAGCAUUAAACUGGUCUCCACAUCCUACAUGCUCGAAAAAUCCCUCUCCGAUCCAUCAACGGACUUUGAUAGAAUUCACAGCACAGUGAAAAGUCCCAGAUCGGAGCUGAGGCAUGAGAAAUCUUGGAGAAGACAGAAAAUCUCAGGCACCAGAGAACGCAAAGCAGCCACUACCCUGGGACUGAUCCUGGGUGCAUUUGUAAUAUGUUGGCUGCCCUUUUUUGUAAAAGAAUUGGUUGUUAAUGUCUGUGAAAAAUGUAAAAUUUCUGAAGAAAUGUCAAAUUUUUUGACAUGGCUCGGUUACCUGAAUUCCCUUAUAAAUCCACUGAUUUAUACCAUCUUUAAUGAAGACUUCAAGAAAGCCUUCCAAAAACUUGUACGAUGCCGAUAUUAGGAAAAAAGAAAUCCAAUAUUAAAGUGUGGAGGCUCUGUUUGUUGGGGGGGGAGGGACAGGGAUAACUAAAUGAAUGUAAAGAAAUAAAAGAUUUAAAUUUUUAGAGAAAAUAUAUUAAGACUGCUAAAAUUAUAAAAGGAUAAUUUAUUUUUAAUAGCACCAAGAAAAUAAGAUGCAUUAUUUGGCCAUAAUUUUAAUGUUCUCAAGAUUAGGAAAUAAUGUACGCAGCUCAGCUCAUAAUAUUUUGUCUAUGCAAUAUACCUAAGAAGCUAAUUAGAAAUACACAUAUAUAUAUAAAGUAAUUAAUAGUGAAUAUAUAUAUGUAAUAUAUAUAUAUAUAUUCACUAUCAAUUACAAUGCUUUCCAGGUUUAUAUGUUACAACAACUAGAGAAAUUUUUAACUAGCAUCUUUCCACUGGUAAUUUCUAUGUCACCUCAUUGCUUAACCACUAAUUUAUAAAAAAAUAUUCACUGCAAUGCUACUAUUUUCCCUUCUCCAUCUCCUCCACUGCAAAGGUGAAGAAACAGCAACAGCAGCUCUUAUUUAGCUUUAGUAGAGAAGAUAUGAGGCUCAGCGGCCUUGAUAGUGUCCUCAUAUGUGGACGGUAAAAAUAAUCACCCAAUGAACUAAAUAUGGAAAAUAUUUCAAUAUCCUGAGUUUUCUGCACAUUUGCAAUCUUUACUUUGUUUAAUAUCAAGUUCUAGAAUAAUAUUAUCUUAACCAUAUGUCAGUAUUUAAAAUCAAAGCCCCAAGGUUAGGGGGAAGGUUUAUUAUGCAAUUAUUGUACAAUUGUUAUAUACAUUGCCCCUUGUCUAGGAAACAAGCUCUAAACACUAAGGACCUUAACUAACUCACCAUAAUUAACAUACUUCUAGUGUAAAAUUUAUUUUUUUCUCCACCAAUGUUAUUAAGUUCAGUUUUUACAACUCAUCUCCAUAUCUUAAGAUCUGAACAUCAUUUCUUUUUUUAUUACAGAGUAUAUAAUAAAAACUUAAAACUUUGCUUUAACUUUACAAAAAUAUGUUUUUCCUAUUAUAAUUAGGACACCUUUCACAAAUUAAGACCAUUUGAAAAACAACAUAUUUGAAAAACAACACAUACAUUUGAAAUGUAAGUAAACAAAAUAUCUAAUAAAAAAGAAAAACAUCACACCUCUUUAAGUUGCAACAUUGUGUGCAUUAUAAAAUAUUCUUUCCUUGUGGAAAGAGUUCAUUACAUCACUUUUUAUAUAUCUAGGAGACAUUAUUCUUGGUUUAACAGAUAUCUAGAGAUGUGAUUUUUGUAUAAGGCUACAUGUACUAGAUAGAAAAUACAGGAAACAAUAAAAUACAAAUUCUUCUACCAAGGUAUCUAUAAUCUAAAAGAAGAAAGAAUGCAGAACUCUACUAGAAGAAAAUAAACAAGGAUCUAGCAAGUGAGUUAUGUACAUAGUUGUGAUGGUAUAGAGACAAACUGAUCACAUCUGGUUGAAGAACAUUGGGACAUUUUCAUAAACAAUAUAUCUAAAAUGUGUCAAGUAAAGUAGAAUUGAACAUGUGCAAAUGAAAGUUCAAGUGGUGCCAACUUGAGUUCAGAAGUCAUCGUGCAAGGAUUGUAGGAUAUGCCAAAAGUCACUAGCCAUUUAAGGCUACAAAGGAAGUCAAAUUCAAGGUAAACUUGCACAUUGUGACUGGGUUUAAUGUCGAGCAAAGAAUGGUACUGUCAAUCUUGCCACUGCCCUCGAGUUAUCAAUGAUGAUUAUCAAAAAUAUUACGAGCUUAGGGCAACUCUGAAAUACAGGGGUAGGGAGGAAAAGCACCUCUGAGUAGAUAUGAGAAGCAGAGAGAAUACUGGAGAUAACUGACUUCUUGCUAGAAACCAAACCAAUAGUCGAGGUGAUGAAGUGCUAAGCUUGAUUCUGGCGGUGGAAAUAAAGAAAGAAACGGGAAGAGGUGAUGUAAGGGAAGAUCCAAACGUUACAGCCCGUAGGUCAGUAAGACAGGCUGAGCUCCUACAAUCUGUGCCUGAAACCAGGAGAUUAACUACAAGAUCUCUUAGUAAACGAUGACUUUUUCAGAAAGUAUAGAAAGCCAGAUGUGCCCAAGCCUACAGGCACUACUGACCACUUCCUGGUUAAGCAAAACCUGUUAGAUGAGUUCUGAUCUCAGAACUGAUAAAUGAAUGAGGUCCCCCAGCCAUGUGCUUUGUCCCCAGGGCACUCUGCCUCCACUCGCAUGCCUGUGUCUUUUUCCUCUCCUCUUUCUUCUCUUUUACCCUCUCACUUGCCAACAUUUGACUCUGUCUGUGACCUACUCAACCAAAGACCUUUCCACUGCCUGCCGCUGCCUCCACUGUACUACUGGGAAAACUCUUAAGAGAGACAAAUCACUAACCAUUUCAAACAAAACAAGCCCAAGCACAAAUGCUGCCCUGAAAUCUAAGUUGGAGCAAAUCUCAGGUAGAGAGAGAUAAUGUCAUAAGUCAUGAAGAAGUAGCAUUUAUCUCCCUUGAGAGCUCGGGAGAAAAUCCAGUUCACUUUCUACAUUGUAGAGUCAUCAUUUGAUUCAAAGAUGCUGCAACACACAGUAGUGUCAGUUCAUCUGCUAUAAGCUGAGGUUGCAGGCUAAUGAAUACGUAUGCACUAAUGAAUGAAUAUCAGUGAUAUCUCUCAAUAUCUUUAAAUGUUAAGGUAGGGGGCUUGAAAACUGCAAUUUGCACUUUCUUUGAAAUAUGUGCAGUUGACAAGUCCAG